ACUAUGUAAAUAUUAUUUUUCAAAAACAUUUUAUAUAUUUAUACUUUUUAGCAAAAUAUUAUUUAAUUUAAAAAUUUAUUAUUAGAAAAAAAAAAUUUUUCAGAAAGCGAAAAAUGAAAAUUUCUGCCAUUUUACUAAUUUGUUUAUUCUUACCAAAUAUUAGUUUUUCGAAAUAUUCACAAAGUUUCUUAUCAUUUUCUAAUUUGUGUCCCGAUUCAGAGGUGGACAGUCCAGAAAAUAAUGAAAUUGUAGAUAAUUGCCUCGCUUUAAAUGAACAGAAGACAAAAAUUAUUUCCCAAAAAUUGAAAUUAGUUCACGAUAUUUUUAAUCUAAAAUAUAAGAAUUUAAUUUUAAUAAUUGCCUACAAUACAGAUGAUGCUAAAGAAUUAGGUGAAUUUUUGUCAAAUAAUGAAAAAUUAUUACCAAGAAAAUUGAGAAAUGAAUUUUCUGAUGAUGAUGAUCAAUUCAUUUAUGAUUUAAUUAUCGAUAAUGUUCAUCUCUAUAAAUAUGGAAAUGAAUCGACAAUUCUUUUUGCCUAUCCAAGGGAUACUUUACACGAUUCAAGUUAUACGAGUCAAUUACUUUUGGAAAUAGUGCACAAUAUUUCUAAUGUGAAAUUAAUUUUUACUGUUGCUGAUAAAAAUUUUCAUGUUGACUCUGAGAAGAGGGAAUUGGAAAUUUUUCAGAUUUUCGAAGUAACGGCGAGAAUAUUGAGAAAUGUGGAGAAUUUUAGAUUGAGUAGUGGACUAGUAGUGAGUGGUGGAAAAUUAGUGGUGAAAUCAUCGGCUGAGGGCGAGAGUGCAAUGGAUAAGAGAAAUGAUUAUUUGGAUAUUAUUGAACGAUACACGAGUAUGAUGAAUGCAACAAGUGAUCGUGGAAAAUUAUUGGCGAAAGAUUUAAUAAAGCAGGAGAAUGUUUUCAUUGUGACGGGAUUUUCUUUGGGUGAUCAUAAACAAUUAGUGGCGGAUUUGGAAAUAAUUAGGUACACUAAUCUGAAUGGUCACGAUUUUCAAAGCGAUUAUUCAGUAAUGACUGAUUGUUUGUAUAACUCAGUGAAUGUCAAAUUAAUCCAUAGUAUGAAUUCCCUGAGUUUAGCUCUAGACUCUGCUUUGUCCAGAAGGAAAAACUUAAUUAGGAGUCUUACCGGAGUACUUAACCUACAGGAGACGAUUAUGAACCUAAAUGAUGUCCUGGAAAUAUUCUUGAAUUGUACAAAAACACCAGACAAGAUAGCAAUUACAUUUUGUUUUCAGAACCUUAAAGAGAAUCUUCAAUUCUUGCAUGAUCCAAAUGUGAAUAAUUACACCAAAAGAAUCAGUAACUACAGUACCAUGAUUUGCUUCAUCCAUUCAUGGUUUGAUGUCUUCGCCACUGUCGAGUACAUUAACGAGUCGGAAAAAUGGACCCACAAUCUGAAAAUUUACAAAAGAAUGUUGAAUAUAAUGAAUAAUUGGUAUUUGGAGGCUAAAAACAUCUACCAAGAAGUUGAAGAUUUACCGGAGGAAAUCACGAGGAAAAAGAUUGCUAUACUUUCGAAGGAGUUGUACAAUUGGAGGGUAACUUGGAAUGAGGAAAAUCGGAUGAUGAUGAAAGUUGCCUACGAUACGAUUAGAUCGAAUGCAAUUAAGAUGAGUGCCAAAAUUCAGUGUGGGGAGGAAAAUUUACAGGUGAAGGGAAAAUUGGUAAAACUGAGUAAAGUACUGAAUGGAAAGUGUUACAAUGAGACGAGAAAUGGAAUAAGAUUUCUGGAGAUUUUUGCCGCUGAUAAAGUAAUUAUCGAUGCGGAUAUUUUUGCAGUGGGUCAGGAAUUGACGGUGGCGAUAUUCUCACCGAUUUGGGAGAUCGUUCAUUCAAGGGAAUUCGUUUUGGAUGGUUUUUCCCGAAAUUUGACGAUUGGGGAUUAUUUGAAAUCAAAGGCCAGCAACGGUGACAAACUAAACAAAAACGGUGCCGACGGCAUAGCGGGAUUACAUGGUGGUGCUGCGGGAAGAUUCUUCGGUUUGGCGGAGACCAUCAUCAAUCCAGAACUAUUAAAGAUUUCACUGAAUGGCGGCAGGGGAUCGAAUGGACAAUCCGGUGGUGAUGGGGUCGAUGGCGAGGAGGGCGAAAUCCCUAGUGAGGAAUACAUCACGGAAAACCUACGUAAACACUCCUGUAAUUGGUAUCCUUACGCUCCGGUAUCUUUUCGAACUGAAGCCUCAAAAACUGUGAAACACUACGAUUCCCUAAUAGGCGAACAACUUGGUUGGACAUACAAGACCGAGUGUUUUAUCUACGGCUUUAGGGGUUUUCCAGGCGGAAACGGUGGUAAUGGAGGACUCAAUGGAAAAGGCGGCAGUGCGGGAGAAUACAAACUCGUCUCCCUAAACGGCUCCAGUAUUCACUUCCCGGUGAAAGUGUGGACUCUAAACGGCAUCGAUGGAAUUCCCGGCGUCGGCGGAUCUGGUGGUAAAGGCGGAUCGACCAGGAAAGUCACCAUGAAGAACGUGAACGAAAACAAUUUUAAAUUCCCCCUGAAUGAAACAAUAGCGAUAGCUAAAGAUGGAAUUCCCGGUGCUGCAAAUCUAAGUACGCUAGGUUCCGAUGUACGCAAAGGGGACCUAAAGACCCGGUAUUUUGGUGAUUUGGCAAAUCUCUACAAACUUUUCGUCUUCUCCCAAAUUGACAGUCAUGAAUCUCACUAUAUCGAAAUUUACAAACAGAUGAUUAUCAAUAAGGAGAUUCUGAAAACAUACGAUACUGUAACUUUGGUCAAGGAAUUAGGAGAUCUAGAGGAGGCGUACCAUCUGAUGGUCAAUAAAUCACACGGUCUCUUUUUCUACCAGUUCUGGAAGGAGGGAAUACUAGAUCACUUUCUCCAAAAACAGGAAUACCCAACCGUCCUCCGCUUUCUGGAUCACCUAGUAGCCGAGAAGAUAGAACGAAUCGAGAACAUCAACGAACGGGAGAUAUACACCCUCUAUGAUUACUUGCCCCAUAUUCGAAAACAACUCCGAAAUCUAAAGAUUGCAGGAAAAUUGGUUCAGACGAAAAUUUUCAAAACUGGACCAUCACUAGAGAAACUUAUCGAAGAGACACAGUACAUAAUUCAAGGGAAGAUCCAAACCCAAAUUGACCAAACAAAUCAGAAAUUAACCGGUGAGAUUGAAACACUUUUGCUACAUAUACUAUCAAAGAGGAAAAGUUCUAAAAGUUUGAUUGAUAAUUUACGACUUAAAUUCCUUGGCAAGGUGUUUGGUGAAGUAAUUCAAAUUCUAAACACCGGUCUAGGGAUGAUAAAUCCAAGUCUAGGAGUACUUGCCCUAAAAUUUAGUGAAACUGGGUCUGGAAUUUCGGAUCCGGUCGAUGACUCAUCUGAUCGGAGUAUCGAACUACAAAUACCGAAAGUACUGAAUGAAUAUCUGGGGUGGUUCGAAAGGCGACUUCAGAUACGAAAGAGAGUUCAGGUAUCGAUUCUCGACUAUAGUCUCCAUCACCUAGGGAAGAUCACUAGAGAAGUAAACUCAACAACAACGGAUGGUAAAAACUUGGUAAAUUUGGAAAACUUCGUCUCCCAUUUAAGAGGAGAAGCAUCUACAGAUCUUUUGAUGAAGUGGGACGUAGUGAACGUUUUGAACAAUCAGCUCGAUUUUGAGAAAAGCGCUAAUACAUCCUCAAAGAAAAAUUUGAUCUCCGAUUUGAAAGUACACAUCUGGGUGAAACAGAUGGUUGGCGAAUUGCUUCCGAGCCUGGAACUGGAUAAAUCCAAUUUCUCGUUGGUAUUCGCUUUGGAAAUAGGGAAGGUCUUCGAGGAUACUUUGAAGAUUCGCAAAUUCCAUGAGGAGGUGCAUGAACGACUUGCGCCACUGAUUCAAAAAAUGCGCGAGAGUCCGGAAACUUUUUCCGCCGUCACUUAUUUGGACUUUAAACACUUCGAUCUACGCCAUUCCCUAAGGGAAAUAUUGACAAAACUAGAGACUCUUAUUCUGGAAUUUAAAAUCUUGCCACUAUUCAGAAACGUUUUGGAAGAAUUGCAAAAUGCGGUCGAUAAAGUUUUGGAGACAUUCGACAGGCUUCAUGAUCACGUGGAGGAAUUGAAGAGAAUUCCCUAUUUACACGAUUUACAUCUUCCACCGUUCGACAUCGCUUAUGUUAAGGACGCGAAACUUGGUCUCGAACUAGCCAAAGUGUUACAAUUAUCCUACUCGAAUAACAUUAUCGACGAUUAUCAGAAGUGGAUGUAUAAUUUCAAACAAUACGUUUUCCCGUUCGACAAAGAAUUCCAUCACCUCUUCAAAAAACAAGAAACCAAAAAGCACAAUAUUCCCACACUUGCCGAAAUUGCAGCCGAGAACCUAGAAAACUACGGUCAGCAAUUGAGUGAAAAUCGUCGGAAACUUAUCGACAGUGGUAAAAUCAAAUUCGCCAGAUUUGGUAACGAUAUACAAGCUUUUCACAAUUGGAGUGGUGGUGAAAUUGAUGGUCUCCUGACCGGCAAGAGGGUGAAACUUUUCGCUAACAUUAGCCAUCAUACAGAAUGGAAUGCGGUCAAAUUUAGUGAUCUUUGGCUACGGAUUAAUUCAAUAGAUCCGGAAAUUAAACUUGAAGAGAUUGCUCACGAUCUGCAGAGUUUUUCGGUAAAGCUUCUUCAUAAUGGGGAUUCGUACUAUAGAUGUGGGGAAAGAAUUUUUCGUAUUAUGUCAAAGAGUUACAAUUUGGAGAAGAUGUACAAUGAUGGGAUGAGGAAAAUGAGAGGGAUUGAUGGAAUUUUAGUGGAAAAAUUCGUUUUGAGUCCUUAUGCAACGUGGAUGGUUGAAAUUGUGAGUCGGGAUGAUAGGCGAAGUAAUGAUGCACUCAAGAAAUAUGAAUCGAAGAUUAAUAUCGAAUUGGUUGGAUUGGGACAGUAUAGUCCGGGUGAUAUUAAUGAAUGUGGAGAUUUGAGUGAAUAUCAGAAUUUUGAAGUUGUUGGCUGAUGUAUCACUAUUACAAUUGUUACUGUUUUUAUUGUUACGAAUGUUACUGUUGAUGCUACUAAUUUAAUUACUGAUAAACUUCUGUUGAAUUGUAUCCAGCAUGAGUCAUUAUUAAAGAUAUACUUUUAAUCAAA